CGUGCUGCUCUUAUCUGUUCAACUUCAGAGAGACGACAGCAGCAGCGGGAGCGAGGACAAAGAUUAAGUGUUUGAAGCACAUGAGCUGAGGAACGUCUGAACACGUGGACGGGGAUGGAAUUCAUGUUGACUUUGUUUCUGCUCUGUCCAUUUGUGAUUUUUACCACCACAGCAUCUGAUGUGUGUUCAAGGCCUGAUCUGCCUGUCAACGUUGAGGUGGAUGGGCUCCAGAGGUUCUACAACCCCGGGGAUGAGUUGGUGUUGUCCUGCACACAGGGAUACACCCCCAUACUCGGCCCUCGGACCAUUGUUUGCUCUGCGAGGGGAACAUGGACCAAAACCAGGCUAAUGUGCAAACCAAAACAGUGUCCUUAUCCCGAUCUGUUGUCUAAUGGAGAAUUGUACUAUGAGGAUACAGUGUUCCAGAGCACCAUCAACUACACAUGUCAUGAAGGACAUAUAUUGAGCGGAGCCAGCUCUGCUGUGUGCCAAGCAAGUGGAACAUGGAGCUCAGCAGUACCAGAGUGCAAGCCUGUGACCUGUGAUCUUGCUCCGAUCCCACAGUUUGGGAUGAUCAUUUAUGACAAGACGAUAAGAGGGAACUCCACUGAAUAUGGCAUUACUGGCACAUACAGGUGCCUGCCUCCGUAUGUGCUCAUUGGCAGCACGAGAGCCGAGUGCACCGCCAGCGGCGCCUGGACUAAGACACCUGAAUGUCGAGUUGUGAGUUGCCCCCCACCAGAGACCAUUGACAAAGGCUACAUGUCAAACAGUGACCAGAGAGCCUUCGACUACAUGGAAACAGUCAAAUAUGGCUGCGACGGGGACUAUGCACUGGAAGGAAGCAUGCAGAUAGUUUGUCAGCAAAAUGGGGGGUGGUCAGAAAAGCCAUCCUGCAAAGCUCCUUGCAGCGUUGGCAUAAGCAGAGGAAGGAUAUUAUACAGAGGACAGAAACUCUGGAUCAAGGACUUGCCUUCAAAAAGAGUCUUACAUAAAGAAAUAGUCUCACUCUACUGCAAGAACAAGGCCAGGGGGUGUGGUUACCCAGUGCCAACACAGUGCAUCGACGGAAAACUCAUUAUACCUGAGUGCUUUGAAGAGCCCGGCGCUAUUGAUUAUGGCCUUCAUUCAGGUUCCCUUCCAUCAGAAAUCGAACAGUGCUGAAACAGCAGGAGAUCCCUUCUCUGAGGAUCAUUAAACCACUGUGAUAUAUGUCUCAAUGUGUCCAGGUAGAAUGACACCGUCCAUCUGUCUUUUUAUUUUAAGCUUUGUAACCAAGUCUCUACAAAUGUAACAAUCUCAGACAUGAUUUUUUUCUGACUGAUUAAUAAACUUUCUUUUUCUGCUA